CAGCCUCUCCGCAGACACAGCAGCUGCAGCGGUCGUGAGGAGAGCAGCACCCGACACGAAUCGGUGGACGUUAGUUCCCCCACCCCGCAGCACCACCACCACCCCCCCCCCCCCCUGCCCGGUUCGACCUCAGGAGCAGGGCGCAGUCGCGAGCCUGGGAGGUGGAUCUAUUCGUGCGCAGCUUCCAGAGGGUGUGUUUUGAUCCUGCGGAGGAUCCGAGUCGGAGGACACAGGAGGAGUCCUACGGGUGGGGAAAGGUGUGUGCGUGUGUGAUCCCCGGUGACCCCGGUGUCCUUCACAGCGCUGACGCCGCGUCCACGCCGUCUUGGAGGAGCCGUUUGACGGCCGAAUGGAUGCGAGUGCGUGAGGAGAAUACUAAUGAACGGCGCGCCGCGUCCCCCGCUGCUGCUGAGGGCCACAGCGGAGCCGAUCAGUCAUCCGGAGCGCAACGCGGUCUGCGCACCACCUCAGUCUCCCCACGGGAAUUACAUGAGCGGGAUCUGAGCACCCACAAAAAAACACCACCAUCAACAACAACAACAACAACCUCCAGCGGCUCUGCUGAAAGGAGAAAACGCCAAGAUGGGCAACAGCUUUUCCAACAUCUCUGCCUUCCAGUCUCUUCACAUCGUCAUGCUGGGCUUGGACUCCGCCGGCAAGACCACGGUCCUGUACAGACUCAAAUUCAACGAGUUCGUCAACACGGUUCCCACCAUCGGGUUCAACACGGAGAAGAUCAAGCUGAGUAACGGCACCGCGAAGGGCAUCAGUUGUCAUUUCUGGGACGUCGGGGGCCAGGAGAAGCUGAGGCCCCUGUGGAAGUCCUACAGCCGGUGCACCGAUGGGAUCAUCUACGUCGUGGACUCUGUGGACGUUGACCGGCUCGAGGAGGCCAAGACGGAACUGCACAAAGUGACCAAGUUCGCGGAGAACCAGGGCACGCCGCUGCUGGUCAUCGCCAACAAGCAGGACCUGCCCAAGUCCCUUCCGGUGGCGGACAUCGAGAAGCAGCUGGCUCUGCACGAGCUGAGCCCCUCCACCGCCUAUCACAUCCAACCUGCGUGUGCUAUAAUCGGCGAGGGGCUUCACGAGGGAAUGGACAAGCUGUAUGAAAUGAUACUGAAGAGGAGGAAAUCCCUCAAACAGAAGAAGAAGCGAUAACAGCUGCUGUGUUCUGUGGACGGUGCUGUAGUCUGAUUAACUGUAAGGAAUCCGGGUUCUGCCAGUGUUGCCCUAAACAGGUUUACUUUGCAGUGUUUCUUUUUUGUUGUUGUUUUACUUCUUUUCCUUCACAUCCUCAGUUUGGAUUAAAGCUGUUCGAGUGCAUCAUUCUGCGCACAGGAAGGAGGCUGCAGGAUAUAGAAUCCAUAAUAACCAAAAAGACAAAUAUAGAAAAGAAACUUGAAAUGACUCUUCAGAUCUACAGCGUGGAGAAAGAGACGCGGGCGGGCCCCGUUUAUCUGCUGCUUUGUCGUGGACUUUGAACACAGUUUUGAAGAAGAAGCUCCUCUGCUGUAGGGAGGACUGUUAUGACACAGUGGUUUUUAUUUCCACCCACAGGAGGUCUACUGUGGGAAUCACACGUUUGAUUUUGCACGUGGCUCGGGUCACUUGUGCCCCCUGCUCUUUUUAUUUUUUAUUUGGAGGACAGACAUCUGUAGUUUCCGUCUGGAUGUCAUGCUGACUGUUUCUUUGGGAGCAUUGAAGUAGCCUUUCCUCUGCGCGGUGGACUGAGGACAGAGUGUUCACUACUUUGCACUUUUCAUUUCCUAACAAACAGUAGAUAACUACACUGUAUUAAUAGAGGAGCCAAUCCAGGUGGUUUAUGUACUAAGAAGCCAAAAUUGAAGUAUUUUUUGAAUAUUAAAAGAUUUAAAAUCCA